AUGGCUGCAGAAGCUAGGAAAGCUUUAGAGGCUUUAAUGGGAGCAGAAGCUAUGGGUGGUAUUCCAGAUCAUAUGAAAUAUAGUGAUGAAAAAAAAAUGGAUCUUGGACCAUGUCCUAAAAUUCAUUCAGAAAAAUUGAAAUCGGAAUAUGAAGAGGCAAAGAAACAAAAAGAAGUUGAUUAUGAACUGGAAUUUGAACGAAGUCUAGGAAAUUUUGUUUCAGAUUGUGAUAGAAAAAUAUCAGGUGCACAAAAACGUCUUGAUAAAACUCCCGAAGAUAAUGCUAAAAUCACUCAAUUGACCAAAGAGAUUGAGAAUCUAGCGUCUGAAAUAUCAGAAUUAACUAAAGAAGUUGAAGUACUCGGUGAAGAAGGCAAAGUUACAGAAUCUAUGGAUAGAUUACACGAAGUUGAUAUAAAAAAAGGACAAAAAGCAGAUAAAGAGAAAGAACUCAAGAACACCAUGGAAGGUGGAAGUCCUUCACAACAACAAAAACUACGUGUCUGUGAAGUUUGUAGUGCUUAUUUAUCAAUUUUUGAUUCAGAUCGAAGGCUGGCUGAUCAUUUUGGUGGAAAGAUGCAUCUUGGAUAUUUAAAAAUUCGAGAUUUGUUAAAAGAACUUAAAGAAAAAAAUAGAGACCAAGUUGCUACUGCUGUUCCAGACCUAAGAGAUGAGGGAAGAAUGAACGAAGACAUUAUGAUAGGAGAUCAAGAUCAAAGUCACCUGAUAGACGUAGUAGUGGGUAUAGAAGACGUUCAAGAAGUCCACCAAGAAGAAGACAUUAAGUUGUAA